AUGGGGUUCCUCCUGCUGCUUCACGUCCUCCUGGCCGCCGCCGCGGCGGCGAGGGCCCCGGCGGCGCGGGCGUGGGGCGAGGAGGGCCACUUCAUGACCUGCAAGAUCGCCGAGGUACGUACGCCGACCACCCGACCGGCUCUAGUGGGUUUCCUGACGAGCGAGGCGUCGGCGGCGGUGAAGGGGCUCCUGCCGGAGUGGGCCAACGGCGAGCUCGCGGCGGCGUGCUCGUGGCCGGACGCCGUGCGGCGCCAAAUGCCGUGGUCCAGCUCCCUGCACUUCGCCGACACCCCCGGUGACUGCAAGUUCAGCUACGCCAGGGACUGCCACGGCACCAAAGGGGAGAAGGACAUGUGCGUCGUCGGAGGCAUCAACAACUACACCGCCGCGCUCCAAGACCCGUCGAGCCCAUAUAACCGGACGGAGAGCCUGCUGUUCCUGUCGCACUUCCUGGGCGACAUCCACCAGCCCAUGCACUGCGCUCGCAUCGCCGACCUCGGCGGCAACACCAUCGUCGUCCACUGGUACAACACGACCAAGACCAACCUUCACAAGGUGUGGGAUGUGAACGUCAUCGAAACGGCCCUCAACAGGUUCUACAAGGACGACCUGAGCACCAUGAUCAACGCCAUCAAGCUCAACCUUACCAACGAGUGGUGUAAAGAAGAGAACCAGUGGGCGGCGUGCUAUACUCGAACGACGACUUGUGCUGACAAAUAUGCCGAGGAGAGCGCGGAGCUGUCGUGCCCCGCGUACGUGGGCGCUGAGCAAGGAUCCGACUUGGAAGAUGAGUACUUCUUCAAAGCGCUGCCGAUCGUUGAGAAGAGGAUUGCCCAGGGAGGCGUCAGGCUGGGGGCGAUCCUCAACCAGAUCUUCAGUGGGAAGAGCAACAGCAGGAUUCAGAGCAGCUAA